AUGGGAGAACCAAGUGAUCAAGCUCGGGUUACAUUGCCCAAAAUUAUGCAUGAUGCAGGUUAUAAUUGUUGUAGUUCCGCUUCCGCAUUUCUAAAUAUUUUGAAUCAACUGGGAGUAACGUCAGCUGAAUCUGGUGAAAUUAUCAGAGAGGAUGAUGUUGCUCAAGCUAUUGGUAUGAUGGCAAGAACGCAUAUUGAGGAUGGUAGUGCAUGGAAUCAAGUUACCGAUCUUCAAGAACACAAACAGACAUGGGAUAUUGAAAUAUUCGCAUCAACUUUAGUGGAACUGCAACCUCAUUUGGAUUGGAAUAAAGUAAUAGAAAAGUUAGAUUAUCCAGAGUUUAGCAUUAAUGAUACAAAGGGUUUGGAAAUAAUUUUAUCAAGUUUCAAGAAAGCAGUUAAGGAUCAACAGCAAUUUCCUCUACAUGUAUUUUGGGGACAUUGGAAUAAUAUCAACGGACAAUUUAACUUCUUACGUCGUAUAGUGCAAGCGCCGCCUGACAUUUUUAACAUUAAUGAUUAUCCUGUGCAAAAGGUUUUAUCUACGGAUGAUUUUGCGACAUCAAACGCAAAUCUUAAAUCAAUGUCCGGAAUGCUCACAGCGAAUCCAUGGAAUUCGGUUGAGUUGAUUGAAGCUAUGAUCAAAAUGGCCGAUACUGACCUUUUUGAAGAAGUUAGACAGUUAUUCGAAAGAGCAUCUAAACAAACUCCUGAAGUCAUGUGCUUAGGACUUGCUCAAGUACAAAAACCAUGGAAUCCACUGCAUCAAGAAAUAGUGAACAGAUUAGUUUUGAUGUUCUUAACCGGGCAUUCAAGUUCAACACCUGUUCUUACACGACUAUGGCAAGUUAAUAGUAAUCUCUUCGUUGAAGGAUGCCUUGAAAUGUAUAAAAAAGACGCUAUGACCAUAUCAAGGAUAUUAGAUAUUGCACAGGAUUUGAAGAUAUUGAAUCCACUUUUAGCUGUUCAACCAUUUUCUUUCUCAAUUGACUUGGCAGCUCUCGCUUCACGCAGAGAAUACCUUAAUUUGGAAAAAUGGCUACAGGACAAUAUAAUUGAAUUUGGUGAUUCAUUUGUUCACGAUUGUUUAGAAUUUCUCAGUCAAAAAAUUGCUAUGGAAGUUACGCGUGAAAAUAAUGGUAAUCUUCAGUCAGUAAAACUUACCGGUGACGUGUUUGCUAUUUUCCUGCGUAUUCUCUCAAACAGUUCAAUGUCUCCAGCAAAUUCUGAAUUAUUCAAAGAAAUUAAUAAUACAUCUAUACAUGUCUAUCCACGUCUUUUGAAUUCGUCCUCCACUGACGGAAAUGCGCCGGAUCAAACUUUCACAGCUGAUGUAGAAGAAGAAGCAAAUUCAUAUUAUGAACGGGUGUAUCGACAGGAAAUCGGCAUUGAAGAUUUUAUUAAACUAUUACAGAGGUUUAAACAUUCUAAAGAAAAGAGAGAAAACCAAAUUUUUUCUUGUAUGGUACACAAUUUAUUCGACGAAUAUCAAUUUUUCCCAAAAUAUCCACAAAGAGAAUUAACGAUCACUAGCGUAAUAUUCGGGUCACUCAUUCAAUAUCAACUUGUGAUAUAUGAAGCGCUCGGUAUUGCUCUCCGUUACGUUUUGAAUGCUCUUAGGAGUCCCUCUGAUUCUAAAAUGUUCAAUUUUGGAGUUCAAGCUUUAUUACAAUUUCAAUCUCGUCUUCCAGAAUGGCCACAAUACUGCUCACAUCUUUUGCAAAUUACACAACUACAACAAGCUCAUCCUGAAAUUGUACAAUCUGUUAGGUCUACACUUGCUCUUAAUGCGAACAAGGGUAGCUCUACGACUCUCACAGCUACUCCCGCUAUCACGUCCCCUACUACUAUUAGUAUUAGCAUUAAUAAUGAACAAUCUACUUCCAAAGCUGUAAAUAAUAGUUCAAGUACAGAUGUUAACUCUAAUAAUAAACCUGCCUCCGAACAAAAUAACAAAAUUAUCGAUAGGCCAGCUUUCACUGCUUUGAACCUUGAUACGUUAUUAGCGGCCGAUAAAGUUGACUAUGAAGUUCCAAGCGAAGCAAUUCAGGACAAAAUCCUUUUUAUCAUCAACAAUGUUGCUCAAAGUAAUUUAGAAACUAAAGUUGCUGAAAUGAAAGAUAUUCUCAAAGAGUCUCAUUAUCGUUGGUUCGCUAAUUACCUAGUAGUAAAAAGAGCUAGCAUUGAACCAAAUUAUCAUCAACUUUAUCUUCAAUUCCUUGAGUCACUAGAAAGUCAAUCUCUUUGUCGCCAUGUUUUACAUGAGUCAUUUGCGAAUAUCAGAGUGUUACUGAAUUCCGAAAAAACUGUACAAUCGUCAUCUGAACGUUCUUUAUUGAAGAAUCUCGGAUCAUGGCUUGGCGGUAUGACAUUGGCUAAAAAUAAGCCUAUUAAACAUAAAAACAUCGCGUUUAAGGAGCUUUUGAUUGAAGGAUACGAUAACAAUAGAUUAAUAGUGGCUAUUCCUUUUGUAUGUAAAGUACUUGAGCAAGCGAGCAAAAGCAAGGUUUUCAAACCUCCAAAUCCAUGGUUAAUGGCUAUUCUCAAAUUGUUAGUAGAAUUGUAUCAAUAUGCGGAUUUAAAACUUAAUCUUAAAUUCGAAAUUGAAGUACUAUGUAAAAGUUUAGACAUUGAACUUAAAGACAUAGAACCAACAACGAUCAUUAAAGAUCGUCCACCGAAAGAAUUAGCUACAAAUCAAACGGAUAAACUUGCACAAGAAUUUGAUAAAUGGCCUAUCAGUAAAUUACCGCCACAGCCAUCGCAAGUUCCUGUUCCAUCCACGCCCACUAGCCAUCCUUCGUUACCACUAAUGGAUGAACCUAUCACGAACUUGGGACAAUUCAUUACAAUCAACCCUAAUAUACCAGGUGUAUUUGCAAAUCAGGGGUUAAGGAAACUUGUUCAUAUGGCUAUUGAUAGAGCUAUCCGUGAAAUUAUUACUCCAGUGGUUGAAAGAUCUGUGACUAUUGCUGGAAUUUCAACACGAGAAUUAAUAAUUAAAGAUUUUGCAAUGGAACCAAAUGAAGAAAAGAUGAGAAAUGCAGCUCACUUAAUGGUACAAAAUUUGGCCGGUAGUUUAGCUUUAGUAACCUGUAAAGAACCUUUGAGAAUUAGUAUGGCAACACAUUUGAGAACUUUACUCUUGCAGAAUGGAUUUAGCGAACAAAGUAUAUCCGAACAAGCAAUUCUCGUAAUAGUAGCUGAUAAUCUGGAUUUAGCUUGUACUUUUAUUGAGAAAGCAGCUAUGGAUAAGGCAGUUCCUGAAAUUGAUGAAUCAUUGGCUUCAUCAUUUAGUAAUCGCAAAAAGCAUAGGGAAAGAACCGGCCAACCAUAUUAUGAUAUGUCAGUUUAUUCGGGUAUCUCGCGCUAUAUGAGUACUCUACCUGAACCAUUACGAUUGAAGCCUAAUGGUCUAUUGCCUCAACAAUUGAGAGUAUAUGAAGAUUUUUCUCGUAUUCCACGUUUAAGUAAUCAAGCUGCGGAAAUUUAUAACGAUCGUAACGUAAGAUCUGGUAUGCUAAGAGGUCAAGAUUUCGGUAUUGGUCACCCAUAUAAUCCUACUGAAAUGCCAUUUGAUAGUCCACAAGUGCAAAUGCCAAUCACAGCUCACCAGAGUUUGGAGAAAUUUGGACAAUAUCUUUCAGAGUUGGAUAAAGCGAUAAGCAAAUCACCACAUGCUUCCUGGGCAUCUCUGCCCCCUAACCACGAUAUUCGGUUGUUAGUCAAAGAAAUUCCUUUAUUAGCUACUCAAUCAUUUAACCGCGAUGAGACUGCGUUACAUUUUUCACAAAAAGUUGUUCAGCUAUUGUAUAAGAAUGAUUCAAAUCUCUCACGGGAAGUAUAUGUUACGCUUCUCGAAAAGCUUUGCGAAAUUUCCUACAAAGUCAACAAGGAAGUUACUGCUUGGUUAAUUUACGCAGAUGAUGAACGCAAAUUUAUUGUACCAGUAGUUGUCGCCUUAAUCAAAGCCGGUCUUAUUAAUGCCAGUGAUCAAGAUACUCAACUUGCAAAACUCAUCGAAAAUGGAAGACCAACUGUGAUCGAUUUUACCACAAAAUUGAUCCGAGAAUGUGCUUUAAGAGAUCCUCCUUGUGCUAAACGUAGUGAUUUUGUGGAUUCGUUAGAUGCUCUAACUAGAUUAACGCAACGUGGCAAGGCUCCUGAGGCCGUUAUUCAACUUUUAGAAGAUUUGAGACCACGGGUAAAUCGAGAGGUUCUUAACAAAGAAGUAGAAAAUAUGGGAUUGCGUGAUCAACUGACUUACUUCUUUGUUGAAUGGGUACGGGUUUAUCAACAUUCAGCUUCAAACGAAAAAACUUAUGCCACUUUCAUUAUCCAGUUGCAACAACAAGGUGUAUUAAAAGGAGAGGAAAUAUCCUCAAUGUUUUUCCGUGUUUGUACAGAGAUGAGCGUCGAUCACUAUUUGAAACAAAAGGCGACUAUUCAGGCAACACCUGUCGUCGCUUACCAGGCUAUUGACGCUUUUUCAAAACUUAUUGUUUUAUUAGUAAAAUAUCACUCGGAUCCAGAAGGAAUUAACAACAAUGUUGCUAAAAUCAAUUAUCUUACAAAAAUAUUGUCAAUUAUCGUGUUGGUGCUUGCACAAGCACAUGAACAGCGUCGUCAGCAGUUUAAUCAAAAGCCAUUUUUCCGAUUAUUUUCAAGUUUACUGAAUGAUCUAAAUUCAUAUGAGCAACAACUUCAACCUAUUUACUUCCAAAUUCUUACAGCUUUAAGCAAUAAUACUUUCCAUACUUUGCAACCUUUGUUCUUUCCUGGUUUUACUUUUGCAUGGCUUUCAUUAAUCUCUCAUCGUUUAUUCAUGCCCAAACUCUUACUCGCAGAGAAUCAAAAGGGAUGGCCUGCAUUUCAUAAGCUUCUCUUAUGCUUAUUCAAAUUUCUUGUUCCAUUUUUACGCAACGUUGAGAUGAUCGAUACUACAAGAUUGCUUUAUAAAGGGACACUGAGAGUUUUGCUUGUGUUGUUACAUGAUUUUCCCGAAUUUCUCUGUGAUUAUCAUUUCAGCUUUUGUGACGUUAUUCCACCAUCUUGUAUUCAACUUCGGAACUUGAUCUUAAGCGCAUUUCCACGUAAUAUGAGAUUACCUGAUCCAUUCACCCCAAAUUUGAAAGUCGAUUUGUUGCCUGAAAUAUCACAGUCACCACGUGUAUUGUCAGACUAUGCGUCUGCUUUGGUCGCCAAUAAUCUUAAAAAUGAUAUCGAUAACUAUUUAAAAUCACGUUCACCCAUAUCGUUUCCAUCGGAUUUAAAACAAAAACUGAUGCUUGAUUCCAAUAAUCAGCCAGAGAUAUUAUCAACUGGAUCUAAAUACAAUGUUCCAGUAAUCAACGCUCUUGUCCUUUAUGUCGGUAUUCAAGCGAUUAGUCAACUACACAACAAAUCGAAUCAAGGGUCAAAUACACUUACACAUAGCGCACCUAUGGAUAUUUUCCAACAAUUGCUUAUUGAUUUGGAUUCUGAGGGUCGAUAUCUUUUUUUGAGUGCUAUCGCCAAUCAACUUCGAUAUCCUAAUAGUCAUACGCAUUAUUUCAGUUGUAUAUUAUUAUAUUUAUUUGCAGAGGGUAAUCAAGAAGUAAUCAAAGAACAAGUGACAAGGGUACUUCUCGAAAGAUUAAUUGUCAAUCGACCACAUCCAUGGGGACUUUUAAUCACAUUUAUUGAAUUGAUCAAGAAUCCUCGAUAUAAUUUCUGGAGCCAUUCGUUUACUAGGUGCGCAGCAGAUAUUGAGCGCUUAUUUGAUAGUGUCAGCCGGUAA